CAAUAAUCUCUAGUAUAUAAGCACACUUGAUCUGUGAUAGACCAUAUAGCAAGCUACGCCAUCAAAGUGAAGCGACAUGCUAAAGGAAGCGAUCUUCAUCUCCUUAUGCACGCUCUGCUUUGUAGCAGCAGUACAGGGUGGUACGGUAAAAGAAUGUGAGGAUAAGAUGGCAGCGUCGCUGAAGAGCAAACUGUGCGAGGUUCGUCAGUACAAACUCUUCGAAUCACAGGACAUGUACAAUCACAUCGAUUGUUGCAUGAAGGCGGUUGGAUUUGUAAACAACGACGGUAGUGGUGAUUACCACAAGCUAAUCAAGCUUUUGGAUAAGAUCAAGAAGAGCAGGAAACAUGGCGAGAAUCUGGAGACGUGCGUCGGUCAAUCGAAACGUGCUGGGGCAAACCAGCGGGCGUACGUGUACUACAAGUGUUUGCUGAACACCAAUUCGGCGGAAACGUUUAAGAUGGCGUUCGAUCUGCGGGAACUGAUCAAGGCUGGUAAGCUGCCGGAGGGCUCCUCAUACGGUCCCGAAGUCGAUCGGUUGAUUAGGGAAAUUGAUGACAAGUUAUGUUAAAAUGUCUCUGAAAGAAGGCCAAAAUCGAGAUGGAAUAUAUGUAAUUUUAUUUGACAGCAUCAUAAGAAAAGAUUUUCAAGUGCUAGUGAG